UACACCUCUACACAGCAAUACAAGUACACCAUUUGGCCAACCCUCAAACUGUCUGCCAGAUACUUCGUACUGCUGUCGCCAUCGCCAUUCUCGAAUCCCUCCGAACCCCCGAUUGGGAGCUCCCAUCCCAUCGUCUCAAGCCUCCGCAUCAAUGGCUUAACCCUUCUGCCCUUCGUAUCCUCUCGCCCUGAGCUCCGUUCUCUCCGCGCUGCGCUUUCGCCUACCUAGGCCACAGGUGGUCUCUAGGCCAUGCCAGUAUGUCGAGAGCAUCGACGCCCUCUCUGCCGCUGCGUCAUGCCUCUCGCACACGUCAGACGAGCACUCGGUCGGAAUUGCCCCUGCUGGCGCCUCCAGAGACGCCCCUGAGGCGCACAACGCCUUCGUCUCCUACUGCCUCGUACUCCCUUCUCUCUGCACAAGAGACGGCCCGGAAACUGGGUACCUCGGUAACCCACGGCCUUUCUUCUUCCACCGCCGCUGCCAGGAUCCAUACCCAUGGGCUCAAUGAGCUUCCCCACGAGGAGCCAGAGCCGCUUUGGCUUCGCUUCCUGAAGCAAUUCAAAGAGACCCUUAUACUGCUCCUCCUCGGAUCAGCGCUUGUUUCGUUAGUCAUGGGCAAUUUCGAGGAUGCCAUUAGCAUCGCCGCCGCCGUUACCAUCGUUGUCACUGUUGGCUUCGUACAGGAAUACCGCUCGGAGAAGUCCAUAGAAGCACUGAGCCAACUAGUACCCCAUUCUGCCCAUGUCAUACGUGCUGCGGUGGACCCCCAACGAGCUCUUCACUCGGCGAAUGGGCCUGGUCCUGAGAGUGUCGAGUUGGAGGAGCUCAAGGAUGCCGCAGCCUCGCUGGAGGCUGCCGAAAGACACUCCUCCACCAUCUCCGCGUCGCUGUUAGUGCCUGGUGAUCUGGUCUUGUUCCAUACUGGCGAUCGGAUCCCCGCAGAUAUCAGAAUCACUCAUGCUGCCGAUCUCACCAUUGAUGAGUCCAAUCUCACCGGCGAGAAUGAGCCCGUUCCCAAGUCUCCAGCGACCCUCACCCCGAGCCACGCAGUGUCACGUCCGCAUUCUCCCUUCUAUUCUUCACCCGCAGCCGGGACCGUUGGUGCCGACAUUCGCCUCAACGAUCAGAAGAACAUCGCAUUCAUGGGCACCCUGGUGAGGUCGGGUCAUGGGCAAGGACUUGUGAUUGGGACAGGCGGAAAUACCGAGUUUGGCGCCAUUUCGGCGUCUCUACAGGAGAUUGAAAGCCCUCGAACGCCACUGCAGCUGUCCAUGGACCGGCUUGGAAAAGAGCUGAGCUACAUGUCCUUUGGGGUCAUCGCCUUCAUAAUGCUUCUAGGCCUCUGGAGGGGUUGGCCUUUUCUCGACAUGUUUCAGAUUGGCGUGUCCCUAGCCGUGGCCGCCAUUCCAGAGGGUUUGCCCAUCAUUGUCACGGUGACAUUAGCACUGGGAGUCCUCCGAAUGUCUAAGCGAGAUGCAAUCGUUCGACGUCUACCUAGCGUCGAGACGCUAGCGUCGGUGAACGUUAUCUGUAGCGACAAGACGGGCACCCUCACAACGAACCACAUGACGGUGACGAAGAUAUGGCACUUUGGUGAACCAUCUCCUGUGGAUGUAACCAAGAAACACGACUCGACUGACCUAGACUCCCCGACCCGCACGAUACUACGGAUCGGUAACAUUGUCAACAACGCACGGCUGCUCAGCCCAGAUGCUAGCAGAGCAUCUACAGCCGCGGUUUUGUCAUCCACCAUGGGCGACGACACAUCUGCUGCCAAGAGCCGCUGGGUAGGGCAGCCUACUGAUGUUGCCUUACUGGAUCUGCUUGAUGCCUUUGGGGAGGAUGAUGUAAGAGAUAGAAUUGGUUCCCGUAGAUACGAGACGCCCUUCAGCUCCGAGCGAAAGUGGAUGGGCGUGGUCAUCAAUGGGAGGUCAGGGGCGGAGCUAUCGACAGGUCCGGAUGUGGCAUAUAUCAAGGGCGCUCUGGAGAAAGUUCUUGACCGGUGCGAUACAUAUAUUUCGGAGCACGGACGCGAGAUCGUCCUAGACGAGACACGCAGACAAGAGGCCAUGAAAGCUGCAGAGCAGAUGGCACAAGAAGGCUUGAGAGUCUUGGGUUUCGCCAGCGGUGUUUCAAGGGAAGGUCGACGGCUGGCCAAGAGGGGAGGAAGUGGUACCGUCUCGCCAGCGCCAUCCACAGAUGGAAGUCCUGGUGGCAAUUCCGAGCUCGGGGAAGACGAACACUAUCGAGGCCUGAUAUUUGCUGGAUUGGUGGGAAUGAACGACCCGCCCAGAAAGGGUGUAGAAAGAGCGAUACGGAGGUUGAUGGCUGGCAACGUCAAAGUCAUCAUGAUCACCGGAGAUGCCGAGACCACGGCUGUAGCGAUUGCAAGGAGGUUGGGGAUGCCCAUCAACUCCAAUCCAUCCAUGGGGCACGCUGUCCUUUGUGGCGGCGAGCUGGACCGGAUGAGCGAAGAGGACCUUGCCCAAACCAUUGGCACCACGACUAUCUUCGCCCGGACAAGCCCUGAGCAUAAGAUGAAGAUUGUGCGUGCCCUUCAGGCGCGCGGGGAUGUGGUGGCAAUGUCCGGGGAUGGAGUCAACGAUGCGCCUGCUCUGAAGAAGGCCGAUAUUGGCAUAUCCAUGGGCAGGCUGGGCACUGAUGUGGCCAAGGAGGCCGCAGACAUGAUCCUCGCAGACGACAAUUUCUCGACGAUUUUGAAUGCCAUUGAGGAAGGAAAAGGCAUCUUCUACAAUAUACAGAAUUUCCUCACCUUCCAGCUCAGUACAAGCGCGGCUGCGUUGAGCUUGGUCCUGCUGAGCACAUUCCUCGGGUUCCAGAAUCCACUGAAUGCAAUGCAGAUCCUGUGGAUAAACAUCCUCAUGGACGGCCCUCCAGCCCAGUCCCUCGGCGUCGAGCCCGUCGACCCAGCGGUAAUGACUCGCCCACCACGGCCCCGCAAAGCCCGAGUCCUUACCCGGCCGCUUCUCCUCCGCGUCCUGCAGUCGGCGUCCAUCAUCAUGAUGGGAACACUCAGCACCUACUACCGCGAAAUGGCGGUCGACGGCGAAGUCACGGCCCGCGACACCACCAUGACCUUUACCUGCUUCGUCCUCUUCGACAUGUUCAACGCGCUCACCUGCCGCUCCGAAAGCAAGUCGGUGCUAGCCGGCGAGAUUGGCCUCUUCUCCAACAAGAUGUUCAACUAUGCCGUGUCCGGGAGCCUGUUGGGACAGCUCGCGGUCAUCUAUUUCCCGCCGCUGCAGAGAGUGUUCCAGACCGAGGCCCUGGGGUUGCUGGAUCUGGUGCAUUUGGUUGCCGUGGCGAGUUGUGUGUUUUGGGCAGAUGAGGCGAGGAAGUGGGUGUUGAGGUGGAAGGGGACGAGGAGCGUUGUGCAAGGGUAUAGUGCUACUGUGUAAGCCGGCGACGCAUUUCCUUAUAGACAGGCGUGUUUGAGAUUGCAUGGUGUGGUGUUGUUCAUGUAAAAUCUUCCAAUGACGAUUGCAUAGAGAUGUGUAUAUCCUUCAUUCUCCGCCUCUCGUUUUCUUCAGUCGGGUGGAUGUCUGGCUUCCUUCUGAAACGGUUCAUCUGGGUGGACAGGGGUCUCUACUUAUAGAUACCAACGCGUGUACGUGGUCAUGUCUCCAAUGGUAUAUAAUCCUGGCUACGCCUGCUGCUGCUCAGCGCAAGGUCCAAACCACCGAUCCAUAACAUCGAAGGUCAGACCAGAAAACCUCAUCAUCCAGAAUCCAUAGAG